CUCAUCAUCAUUCCUUUACUAGUAAAAAUAAAAAACUCAAAACUAUAGUGUACUUAUUAUUAAAGCCAACUAAUUAAGAACUAUAGAUUAUAAUAAAAUGAAGGGCUUUCUUUACAACACGGCGGUUUUGGUCUGUUUCUUGGUGCUGGCCACCGGGGCACUUGGCCAAGGCACGACCGUCGGGUUCUACCGCUCCACGUGCCCGACGGCAGAGUCGGUAGUGAGAGCGACGGUGGCGUCGCAUUACCGGUCUGACCCCACGGUUGCCCCCGGGUUGCUGAGAAUGAUCUUCCACGACUGCUUCGUCCACGGUUGUGAUGCCUCGGUUCUCAUCAGUGGCCCCAACUCUGAGAGAACCGCGGGGCCCAACCUGCGGCUCAGAGGGUUCGAGGUCAUCGACGAUGCCAAAACGCAGCUCGAAGCUGCUUGCCCUGGCGUCGUUUCUUGUGCUGACAUUCUCGCACUUGCGGCACGUGACUCUGCUGUGCUGACCGGCGGGCUAGGUUGGGAGGUGCCGACGGGACGGCGGGACGGGAGGGUGUCGCUGGCGGCGGAUACGGCGAACCUGCCGGGAUUUACAGACUCCGUUGACGUCCAGAAGCAAAAGUUUGCUGACAAAGGCCUCAAUACUCAAGAUCUCGUUUCGCUCGUGGGGGCACACACGAUUGGAACAGCAGCUUGUCAGUUUUUCAGCUACAGACUAUUCAACGCCACCGCAGAUCCUCCGGUAGACCCAUCUUUCCUCCCUACACUUCAGGCUCUCUGUCCCCAAGGCGGCGAUGGAAACCGACGCGUCCCCCUCGACGACGGCAGCGUCGGCGCGUUCGACAACUCCUACUUCGCCAACCUCCAAAAGGGCCGCGGCGUCCUCGAGUCCGACCAAAGAUUGUGGGCCGACAGCUCCACCAAAACUUUCGUGCAGCGCUUCUUGGGCCUCAGAGGGUUUCUUGGGCUUAGGUUCAACUAUGAGUUCGGGCGGUCCAUGGUGAAGAUGAGUAACAUUGAGGUUAAAACUGGGAGUGACGGUGAAAUUCGCAAAGUCUGCUCAGCUAUUAAUUAAUUACAGUCCUCACAGUAGCUUAUUAUGAUAUGAUUAUUUACCUUUAUCUUCUCUCCUUUUUUUUUUGUCAUCUUCAUUCUCAUUAGUGCAAGCUGCUAAUGUAAUGGCUUUAAUUUUCAGAAAUCAAAUAAAAUCUUUUUAUUCUU